AAGUUUCAAGUUUGGCUCUGCAUUUUACAAGGUUCUAGCAUUUUCCAUUCCCCGUUCACCUAGAACUCUUAUAAAUUCUCUUUCCUUGCAGCCAAUUGGGUGAAAACAAAGCGAACAAAAUGGCAGAAGAAUUGGCAUUAGAUUUGGAAGAGCUUAAAAAGCUACAGAACAUCGCAAAGAGGCCGAGAGUUCUUUCUUUCAUCGACUCUGAGAUUCGGAACUUGGAGAAGUUGUCAAAACAGGCUGCUCCUGCCCCUGUUUCACAAACUCCAAAUCCUGCACCGGUUAAGGUGCCUUACACUCCAGGAACAAGUUAUGUUACACUUGCAUCUUUCAGUUGGGAUCAGGAUAAUGAGAAAGUGAAGAUAUAUAUAUCUUUAGAAGGAGUUGAGCAGGAGAAAAUGGAAACAGAUAUUAAGCAGAUGUCAUUUGAUGUCAAAUUCCAUGAUGUCAAAGGAAAGAAUUAUCGGUUAACCAUUCCAAAGUUAAACAAGGAGAUUGUUCCAGAGAAAUGUAAGGUGCUAGUUAAACCCACAAGAGUUGUCAUUACCUUGAUCAAAGCUUCAAAGGGGAACUGGUUAGACUUGCAUUUCAAAGAGGACAAGCUGAAGCCAAAUCUGGAUAAGGAUCGUGAUCCAAUGGCUGGAAUCAUGGACUUGAUGAAGAAUAUGUAUGAGGAAGGGGAUGAGGAAAUGAAGCGAACCAUUGCUAAGGCUUGGACCGAUGCAAGAUCUGGAAAGACAGCUGAUCCCCUAUCCGGAUAUCGUUAAACCAAAUUCGACAGCUGAUCCCCUAUCCGGAUAUCGUUAAACCAAUAUCAACAAAUUUAAUAACAUCAAACAUGGGAGGCGUUCUCGCAUUUUAGUUUAUAUUAGGGUCUUUUUUGGGUCGCAGGAGUUCGGUAAGGCAUGCUUCUUUUGUUACAUGGGGUCAUUUUGGGGUCGUUGUCUGGGUUGUCAUCAUUAUUGCUUGUGUGUUAAAACGAGUAUUUUGGGGAUGUUGAUUCGCAUUCAACUGUGUAAGAUCUUUGUUUGUUUUUAAGCGUUUACCCGUAAUGGAUUAAUAACUAUUUGUGUGUAACCAUUAGAAUGGGUUACACCUCUGAACUA